CGCACAGAACAGGAUACCGCAGCUUCACAAUCCGUGAGUGCCUCCGGGGCCAUGUGCUGAAAGCAGCUGGGCCGGGGAAUAUUCCUCGAGUUCUCCCAUGUCAAAGGGUGCUUUUCCUGGCGGCUAUAAUGAAGGACACCGCCUUUGUGUGUCUGCCAGCCAUGGCAAGGGCCUGAAGAAGACUACCCUGCAGGGAGCCUUCCAGGAAUACGGACAUAUCCUCCAGAUCGAAACUCCAAAGCCCAAUCUGGCCUUCAUAGCAUAGACCUCGGCAAGCUUGCCAUGGCGGGAGUUGGAGUUGAGUUGGCUGCUUUGCGUCCGUUUCGUAAUUUCUUGGGCGUACAACCCCAUCUCCAGUUCAUCUAAACUUGCAAGUGAUCAGUGUAGGAAACCGGCACAUGGUUCCAUGGCCAUUGCCACAAAUUGUCCAUUCCUGGAAUCACAUCAACCCACCGUUUGGCGAGAAAGAAGCUUAUCCCAGUCUCAUGGUAGUAGAUUUGCACAUGUUUCUCAGAGAACAGCGAGCAGCUGCCUCAUCCUAUCUCAAUUUACGAUGAAUAUAAGAUGAGACGAAGCACUCCACUCCAGGCCUUCUCGGAGAAGGCGGAUGCGCAAGAUGCCUUGGAGGCUAUGGAUGGCAAGACCCUGGACGGGCAGACACUUACAGUCAGCAAAGCUGGGCCGAAGCCCACCUACCGACCUCAAGCGGAUCCCAACGAAAACUUCAAGAAGGUUCUUAUGACCACGCAGACUGAGCGCGAGAACGCGCGCUAUCGCAAAGACGUGGAGAAGGCAGCUGAGAAGCUGAAGCCAAGAAGCAGGAGUCGUAGCACACGCCGGCGAGCAAGGAGCCGAAGUCGCAGCACCAAGAAACACCGAAGUCGAAGUCCCCAGGUCCGCCGGAGAGACCGCGGAGACAGUCGGAAACGGAGGGAAAGGAGUCGUAGCCCUCGAAGGCGAAGUAGUAGGAGCCGGAGCUAGCAACUCAGAUCGCCAAGGUAUUCAGGCAACAUCGGCAAAAUCAUGC